AUGGCUCAUAAUAACCAUCAAGGCCGAGAGCCCUUCAGAGACCCGUGGGCGGGGCCUUCUCCAGACCAGCAUCUUGCGCAUAAGGUUUCCGGCCUCUCAGACGCCGGCGAGAACAGCCCGUACGGCCACGACGAUGCCUCCCACCCGCUGCGGGGCCGUGAAUCCAUAGUGUCGAUGGACUCGGAAUAUGACCGUCGAAGUUCUGUGCCGUCGACUGCGUACGGAGACUUGCCCCGGAGCUAUUCGCCAGCGUCGUCGUGGUCUGGUUCGUUUUCUUACUCCGGUGCCGCUGGUGGGGGAUACGCUCCAACACGGGGUCUGUCCAGGGGACACCGGCAAUCGAGCUACUCUUCGGUGCAGCAGACCGUUCCUGAGAGCAUCCGGGAGGAGGAGCCAUAUGAUUUAUCUCUGCUCAAGGCUGCGGCGCCCAUGGGUACAUCGAAAUCGCGGGGUGGUUAUGAGGCUAUACACGAGCAGGACGAGGAGUAUGACGCCGUGCCGGCGUUCGAUUUCACAGCAACACUCGGGCCGCUUGGCUCGCACGACCACGCCUUCAUCAAGAAACUGCAAGAGGAGGAGGCAAAGGGACAUUUAACUGGAGGUUUAGGUCAGGGUUUCCACGCGGACUCUCAGGUACACAGCGGCGAACUUUUCUCGGCCCCAACGGUCCAGCGCAGCCUUUCGCGAUCAUUCUCACGGCGGAAUCAGGGAAAGCAGCUGAGUCGUUCCGAGACACUGCGUCAUAUGGGCCAGGACGAGGCCAACCGCCGCGGCGAGGUCAUCGAAGUCAUCAUGGAAGAGCCGGUGGGAGCUGAUUUGAGCAACAUGGAGGGGCACAACAUUACCAUGCGACAGUCGACGUACGCAAGCUCAAUCAAGGAGAAGACGACGCAGACUUUCUAUCCACAACCCAAUUGGAAGCCCUUCUCCAUGCGAUGGCCAUACCUCACCUCCUUAGUUCUCAUCGCGGCGGGCCUAGCCGCCAUGCAGGAGGUGUUGUUCCAAAUGUAUAAGAAAGGUGGGAUGGUCAAGUUCACAUCCCCUGAUCAGGUGAACCCGGGUAUUUUCUUCGUCAUCAAGUUUGGGCCCACGCUGCUGGCCGUCAUCUUUGGAGUCUUGUGGCAGUUUACCGAUUUUGAGGUGCGGCGUCUGGAAGCGUUCUAUCAGCUUUCCAAGGAAGAGGGUGCGGUGGCCUCGGACUCCAUCAACAUUGACUACGCGACCAGCUUCAACUUCUUCCGGCCGUUUCGGGCUCUAAGGAAGGGUCACUUCGCUGUGGCCGUGUCGUCCAUCGCGACCAUCUUGGCCGUAUCGCUGGUGCCGACGUUUGCUGCCGCCGCUGUCGUGCUCAGCCCAUCCCGAUCCGAGCGAAUGGCUAACCCAGAUGGAUACAAGACGCUCAGCUUCACCUCUGUCUGGUCGCGGCUCUUGACAUCGACCCUCGGCGUGAUUGCCGUGCUGGGUUGCAUCCUGUUAUAUCUUUUGCAGUCACGCAAGUCCGGCCUCAUGUCCGAUGUCCGAGGAAUCGCUGGUCUCGCAUCUAUGGCCGUGGUGAGCCACAUUCUCAUGGACUUCAAGGACAUGGAUACUGCUUCCCAUGGCGACAUCCAUAACCGACUCAAGUACAACCGCUACGUGCUCCGCAACUCGUCCCUCGCGCCCGAUGAUUCGUACGUAACUUCCAAGGAGAAGGAAAAGUCCAAUGAUCACGACCUCCCUACAAACCCACAUCCCGUCAUGCUUCGCUCGGUGGGCAUCAUCUCCAUGAUUGUCGGGCUUUGCCUCUUUACGGGCUUUAUCCCAGUCUUUUUGUUUACGCCCGCCACCAUCGUCUCGGACAAGGCGCCCUGGGUCAUUACCGUGCUUGUUGUCCUCUUGAAGAUGGCGUGGGGCGGCAUGGAGACGGCAGUUCGCAUGAUGGAGCCCUACUAUAUCCUCUCCAAGCGGCACGCGCCUGCCAAGACGCUGCUCCUGGAUUACACGGCGCUUCCGUUUGGCUACAUGCCGAUGCGCGCGCUCGUGAAUGGCCAUUUGCUCGUGUUUUUCGUCGGCUUUGGCAGUGUAAUGGCCGAGUUCUUGACUGUUCUCGUGGCUGGUCUGGCGACGGUCGACGGACAUGACUUUUUGCUGGUCUAUAACGACGGAAAUAAGACUUGGGAAAUCAACUCUGGAACGGAGACAGUCAAGUCCUUUUACGUAUCCGUUGCCACGUCGCUCAUAAUCCUGCUCUAUAUGAUUACCGUUGCUUUCGUCGUCUUCUUCCGCCGACGACAUGCCUUUUUACCGCGUCAGCCCAACACCAUUGCCUCGGUGCUGGCGUAUAUUCACCAGAGCAAGAUGCUCUACGACUUUGUCGGCACGGAAAAGUUCACUGCGACGCAGGUGCGGCAGAAGCUUGGAGAGUACAAGACGUAUGGCCUGGGGUGGUUCGCUGGACGGGAUGGGCAGAAGCACUGCGGCGUGGAUCAGGAAGAGCUGAUUAGCAAUUACAAGCACGGCAUCAGUCUUAAGCAAGGGACUCAGCCGUGGAAUAUGCAGUGGGAUGUUCUUUGA